GUCGUUCAUCUCAGAAACAGAGAGAAAACGACUAAAAACACAGCUUAAGAAGAAGGAGAGAUAGAGAGAGAAGUGAUAGAGAGAGAGAUGGGGUCUCAUAUGGUUUGGUUUCUAUUUCUUGUAUCCUUCUUCUCUGUGUUCCCAACACCAUCCGAGAGCAUGGUUCGCCAUUACAAGUUUAACGUUGUGAUGAAGAACACAACAAGGCUAUGCUCAAGCAAGCCAAUCGUGACCGUCAACGGUAGAUAUCCAGGUCCCACAAUCUACGCACGAGAAGAUGACACGUUGCUCAUCAAAGUCGUUAAUCACGUCAAGUACAACCUCUCCAUCCACUGGCACGGUGUGAGACAAGUGAGGACGGGAUGGGCCGAUGGGCCUGCCUACAUAACACAGUGCCCGAUCCAGCCUGGUCAAGUCUACACAUACAACUACACCUUGACCGGCCAACGUGGAACACUCUGGUGGCACGCUCAUAUCCUAUGGCUUCGAGCCACGGUUUACGGUGCAUUGGUCAUCCUUCCUAAACGCGGUGUUCCCUAUCCUUUCCCCAAACCCGACCAUGAGAAAGUCAUCGUUCUAGGUGAAUGGUGGAAAUCGGAUACUGAAAACAUCAUUAACGAGGCGCUUAAGUCUGGAUUAGCCCCUAAUGUCUCAGACGCUCACAUGAUCAACGGACACCCAGGCCCUGUUACAAAUUGUCCAUCUCAAGGUUACAAACUGUCGGUAGAGAAUGGCAAAACCUAUCUUCUACGACUAGUCAAUGCUGCACUUAAUGAAGAGCUCUUUUUCAAAGUCGCCGGCCAUAUUUUCACGGUGGUCGAAGUCGACGCGGUCUACGUUAAACCGUUUAAGACCGAAACCGUCCUUAUAGCCCCCGGUCAAACAACCAACGUCCUCCUAACCGCCUCAAAAUCUGCCGGGAAAUACCUUGUAACCGCUUCUCCUUUCAUGGACGCCCCAAUCGCUGUGGACAACGUAACCGCCACUGCAACUGUUCAUUACUCCGGAACACUCUCCUCCUCCCCAACAAUCCUCACCCUCCCUCCGCCGCAAAACGCUACUUCCAUCGCCAACAACUUCACAAAGUCUCUUCGUAGUCUCAACUCCAAGAAGUACCCUGCCCUCGUCCCAACCACCAUCGACCACCACCUCUUCUUCACCGUCGGUCUUGGGCUAAACGCAUGCCCUACUUGCAAGGCCGGAAACGGAAGUCGUGUCGUGGCCAGCAUCAACAAUGUAACCUUCAUUAUGCCCCAAACCGCUUUGCUUCCAGCUCAUUACUUCAACACAAGUGGAGUUUUCACGACGGAUUUUCCUAAAAACCCACCACACGUUUUCAACUACAGCGGAGGAUCAGUCACGAACAUGGCCACAGAAACCGGAACCAGGCUUUACAAGCUACCGUACAACACCACGGUUCAGCUGGUCCUCCAAGAUACUGGCGUCAUAUCGCCUGAGAACCAUCCAGUGCAUCUUCACGGUUUUAACUUUUUCGAAGUCGGUCGUGGAUUAGGUAACUUCAACUCCACGAAAGACCCAAAAAACUUCAAUUUGAUCGAUCCGGUUGAGAGGAACACAAUCGGAGUUCCAUCCGGUGGAUGGGUCGUCAUCAGAUUCAGAGCAGAUAAUCCCGGGGUUUGGUUCAUGCAUUGUCACUUGGAGGUACACACGACGUGGGGAUUAAAGAUGGCUUUCUUGGUGGAGAACGGCAAAGGACCCAAUCAGUCGAUUUUGCCGCCGCCUAAGGAUCUUCCCAAGUGUUAAGUCCUGCAACUAAACAAGGCGACAUAUCAACAUCACGCCACGUCCAAGAAGACUAAUGAGUGGUGAAUUAAUGCGUGGAUUUGGUUAACAAAUUGUAUUUUUUUGA